AUGGCGGACGACCUCAAGGAACCAACGCAAGCCGACGGAGGGGAAGCUCCAGUCUUCAAGAAGAAGCCAAGGCGAGGUUGCAUCCGAAGGAAGGAGAGAAGCAGCGGAGACGAGGAGGAGCCGGAGGAGCCGGUGGCCAACAUUAGAUCAGCGAUCGAGGAGACCAAGUUGGAGCAGAGACUGAGGAGCGGGAGGUCGGGGGUAGAUGUGGACAAGUUAGCCAAGGUCUACGACCCUUUGAAGAAGAAUCAGAUCGAAACCUUCGUCGAGCAAACGCCUGCCAGCAUGCUCGACAGUCAGUUCAGCACGGAGGACUCUGCAGAGCCCGAGCUCGGCAUGCUCGAGAAGCAGCUGCACAAGUACAUCGAUGAGAGACUCAAGGGAUCAUCUGAGGGAGGGGAGGGAGAGACGAAGAGGCUUUCCGCCGAGGACGAGCUCUACGUGAUACCCGAGGAGUAUCGGGUCAAGUCAAAGACCAGGCAGCUAGGGGACGCAGCUGAGACUUGGCUAACGGGGAUAGUGGAGGUGGAGCUCCCUUUGGAAGAGAAGCUCAAGAACAUUGAAGAGACGGAGAAGGCGAAGAAGAAGAUCCUGGAGGAGAGGAUCAACGGAGUGCGCCAGUCUACGUUCGUGGUGGAUACGGCAUCUGAGAAGGGAUACAUGAGGAUGGAGGGAGAGAUGAGGAAGGGAAAGAAGGUCAUGGCCAAGCAGAACAUCCCUCUGAUCAGCAAGGAGGCAGAGGCGGUCGGUGGGGUCGGGAACUUCAACGCCAACUACAUCAAGAGGAACGGCAAGGAGAGGGAGGGGCGACCAGCGGCAGCCAGUGAAGUCAAGAGGCCCGAUUUGUCCUCGGACGACCUCGUAAUGGAGAGGUUCAAGAAGAGAUUGAAACAUCGAUGA